AUGACUUCAAGAAUCAAUACUAUCCUCAUCAUAGGGGCCACUUCCGGCAUUGGCGAGGCCUUGGUCCGUCGCUUCCACAGUCUGGGUAAAAAGGUGAUCGCUACAGGCCGUAGGAAAGACAGGCUAGAUGCGUUGGCUCAAGAACUGCAAGAUCUCGAUACGCGCCAGUUCGAUAUCGCAGAUUUGACCUGCCUCGCGCCCAACGUAGAUAGCAUUUUGAAGGACUACCCCCGUCUAGACACCGUCAUGAUUAACGCCGGGGUCCAGAGAAGCUACAGCAUGCUCGACCCGUCAACUUCCGACCCCGAAGUAAUUAUCAACGAGAUCAAUACGAAUUUGACGGGCCCGUCUCUUCUCGUUCGCUUGUUCAUUCCGCACCUCUUAGAAUUGGCCAAGGCGGGAGACAAGACCAACUUGUUCGUCACGACGUCCUCUUUGGCGUACGUGCCGCUCCCGUUCUACCCGACGUAUUGCCCGAGCAAAGCUGGCGUCCAUACGCUGGCCAAGGUCUUACGGCAGGAGCUAAGUUUCGGCCCCAAAGAGGCGAAGAAUCUGAACAUAGUGGAAAUCAUCCCGCCAUAUGUUGACACGGGGCUCGAUGAUGCACAUCGCGACCACGUAACCAACCUGCAAGGCGGCCCAGAAAAGGCUUUUCCUGCUAUGCCCCUGAAAGAGUAUAUGGACAAAGUGUUCGAGACCUUAGAGCAGCUUGACCAAGAUGGCAGUUUCAAGAGAGAGAUCGGAGUGGGACUUGGAAAGGUAGUCGAGGAGACUUGGAGAGGUAGCUUUGAAAAGGUGCUCGAGCAGAUGGGCGUCACUUCGUAA